AUGCAAAAGCCGAGAUUUCUAGAUUGGUAUUUGAAGAUCGCGAUUGGAUCGGCUCUCAUCGGCGGAGGAAUGGAAUUCUUCAUGAUCAAGACUGGAUUCUACGACAAGGUUACUGUACUAGAAGCAGAGAAACGGGCGUGGGAAAAUUCUCCUGAAGCUCAAGCCAUGAGAGAAGCUCUUAAUCCCUGGAGAAACAAGGACGCAGAAGCCAGCAAAAGUCCAUAA